AUGAUUAUCGAAGACCAGCGCUUCGUCCACGAAGACCUUGAGCGGUUGGAGCAAGCUAUAAGCGAUCGCCUUGCUGAAGAUCCUCGAAAUAUCAAAGACCGACUGAAUAGAGACCAUCAGAUUGCAGGAUUCCUUACGCGUAUUCAGGAACAAUCACAACGACUCCUCGAGAUCUACAAAGAUGCCGAAGGCUUGCGCCCCAAAGAAGUCCAGGUGCUGUCGACCGGCGACCCGAUGGAGCAGUUCUACAAACAGCUAGAGGAGGUUAAAGACUUUCAUCGGAGAUAUCCGAAUGAACCGAUAGAAAACCUAGAACGCGCCUACAAAAGAAGGCAUCCAGGAGAAGGAGAAGUCCUGAUGUCCGAGACUGACAACAUGUUUACCGGAGAAGAAUCCAACGGCCGCUUUCUGGAUCUCACUACCUUACACGAAGACUAUCUGAAUUUACCAGGCAUCAAGCGCCUCAAUUAUCUGCAGUACCUUGACUCUUUCGACGCGUUUGAGCCCCCACGAAUGCCAAUAAAGAGAGCAAAUAAGCUGUCGGAUACAUAUCUGAAAUACGUUAGAGACUUGUCGAGCUACCUGGAAAGCUUUGUACGACGUACGAAGCCGUUACAAGAUCUCGACAAACUCUUCACUGGGUUCGAUCGGGAGUUCGAGACAGCAUGGAAGUCAGACUCGGUGCCCGGGUGGGGCAAAGAGGACACUGCAGAGCCCGUGGUAAACGAACCGAAAACAGAAGGCACUGGUGAGGGAUUCUGGUGCUCUGACUGUGAGAAGGAGUUCAAGAAUGAGAAUGUGUACAAGAAUCACCUGACUGGUAAGAAGCACGUUCGAGCAGCAGAAGCCAAGAGGGCUGGCGGUGCUGGCACAAAUAGUGUCUCCACAAAUGGCACUGUUGCAUCUUCCAAUAACCUCACCAGACUCAAAGAACGUGCUAUUGCAUCACAUGAAUUCCGAGUGCGUCGUCUUGCUGAUUAUCUUGACAACGAACGUUCCAACACACGAGUCAACGUGGAAAGAAAACAAGGCAUGACAGAAAGAGAACGGCAACAGGAGCUGGAUGCGCUCUUUGCCGAGGACGAUGCUGCGGCGGCUGCUGGAGGUGGCAAGCACGAUUCAGACUCUGACAGUGAAGGAGAGGAGAAGAUUUAUAACCCUCUCAAGCUGCCUUUGGCGUGGGAUGGCAAACCGAUUCCUUACUGGCUUUACAAGCUCCACGGCUUGGGAGUCGAAUUCUCCUGUGAAAUAUGUGGAAAUUUCGUCUACAUGGGCAGAAGGGCAUUCGAUAAGCAUUUCAGCGAGGCUCGACACGUCUACGGUCUCAAAUGUCUGGGCAUCACCGGGGCUGGGGCUGGAGCGGGCUUGUUCAGGGAAAUCACUGGCAUUGACGAGGCGCUGGGACUCUGGGAGAAGAUCAAGAAAGAGCGCAAGGAUAAAGAGGUCAAAGAGGAUAGCAUCGUACAGAUGGAAGACGGUGAAGGCAAUGUGAUGCCAGAACGAAUUUACCUCGAUCUGCAGAAGCAAGGCAUUUUGUGA